UAUAAAAAAGGUAUACAGUGUUCCCAGCAGGCUGUGCGCGCACCUCGCUUCCUCCGAGCGCGUGAGCGGUUGAUUGCGGGCUGGCCAUGGUGCUUCGCGUCCCCAAGGCCCCGGGCUUUGCCCAGAUGCUCAAGGAUGGAGCAAAACAUCUUUCAGGAUUAGAAGAGGCUGUUUAUAGAAAUAUACAAGCUUGCAAGGAGCUUGCUCAGACUACUCAUACAGCAUAUGGACCAAAUGGAAUGAAUAAAAUGGUCAUCAGUCGCCUGGAGAAGCUGUUUGUGACAAAUGAUGCAGCGACUAUUUUAAGAGAGCUAGAGGUACAACAUCCUGCUGCAAAAAUGAUUGUGAUGGCCUCUCAUACGCAAGAACAAGAGGUUGGAGAUGGCUUUGUUCUGGUAUUUGCUGGAGCUCUUCUGGAACUAGCCGAAGAACUUCCGAGGAUUGGUCUGUCGGUGUCAGAGGUAAUAUCAGGCUAUGAAGUAGCUUGCAAAAAAGCUCAUGAGAUUCUUCCAGAUUUGGUAUGUUGUUUUGCAAAGAACCUUCGAGAUGUUGAUGAAGUGUCAUCUCUGCUUCGAACCUCUGUAAUGAGUAAGCAGUAUGGCAAUGAAGCAUUUCUGGCCAAGCUUAUUGCUCAGGCAUGUGUAUCUGUUUUUCCUGAUUCUGGCAGUUUCAAUGUUGAUAAUAUCAGAGCGUGUAAGAUUCUGGGCUCUGGUAUCUAUUUGUCUUCAGUGUUGCAUGGCAUGGUUUUUAAGAGGGAAACCAAAGGUGACGUAACAUCUGUCAAAGAUGCAAAAAUAGCGAUGUACUCUUGUCCUGCUGAAGACCUGAUGAACUUUAGUAAGGGAGAAGAAAAUCUUACGGAUGCACACAUGAAAGCUAUUGCCGCCACUGGUGCAAAUGUCAUAGUGACAGGUGGCAAAGUGGCAGACAUGGCUCUCCAUUAUGCUAACAAGUACAAUAUCAUGUUGGUGAGGCCGAACUCAAAGUGGGAUCUCAGAAGACUCUGUAAAACAGUUGGUGCUACAACUCUUCCUAGAUUGACUCCUCCUGUUCUUGAAGAAAUGGGACGUUGUGACACUGUUUACUUCUCAGAAGGUGGAGACACACAGGUGGCUGUCUUUAAGCAUGAAAAAGAAGACGGUGCCAUUUCUUCUAUAGUUCUUCGAGACUCUGCAGAUAACCUGAUGGAUGAUAUAGAAAGGGCAGUAGAUGAUGGAGUUAAUGCUUUCAAAGUUCUCACAAGGGAUAAGCGUCUUGUACCUGGAGGUGGAGCAACAGAAACUGAGUUGGCCAAACAAAUCACAUCAUAUGGAGAGACAUGUCCUGGACUUGAACAGUAUGCUAUUCAGAAGUUUGCUGAAGAAGAUUCUGGUGUGAAAGCCAACGAAAUUAUCUCUAAACUUUAUGCAGUGCACCAAGAAGGAAGCAAAAAUGUGGGAUUGGAUAUGAAGGCUGAAGUUCCGGCUGUAAAGGCUAUGUUAGAAGCCAAUAUUUUAGAUCCUUACUUGGGAAAAUACUGGGCUAUUAAAUUUGCCACUAAUGCUGCAGUCACUGUCCUUAGAGUGGAUCAGGUCAUCAUGGCAAAACCAGCUGGUGGGCCCACACCUCUAAGUGGAAAGACUGGGGUGAUGACCAAAGUGCUGAGCGACUUUUUCUUGUAGGUGAAGAGUUUUUAUUUGUAGAGUGGAACUUCCCUAAUCUUAGUCUCCUUAAAUUAAGAAGUAUUUGUGUUUGUACUCUGCUGGGUGGUAAAAUAAAUGUGUUACUGUUAACCUA